GAGAGAGACAAACACACACCUCUGUGGCUAAAUGAACAUGCGAGAAGACAUAGAAAUCAAAUCGAUGCUGACUCAAGAAGAGCUUAUGCAUGCUCACUUUCCCAGAGAAUUUUAAUGUGUUUUCUGUCCCUCUCCCCAGAAAGUCUCACCCUCAUAUGGACUUGAAAUACUCUGAGGCUGCAUUUAGGUAACAUCCUAGCUAUUUCAUAGAAAAAAACUCUUUGGUCAAUUGGGUGUUUUUUAAUUUUUUGGGAAAAUAGACUGUGUCAAACCAAAUACAAGUACUCCUGUGCAACGCAAAACAUGAAAGCCUUUUAAAUACCGAGUUUUGAAGUCAACCAGCAGCUACUCCAUAUGCAUUUCAUGAGCUACCAAAUCUGUUUUACUUCAGAGAGCUAGAUAGGUGAGGCAGAAAUAAUGGAGAAAAUGCUCUAUGAUGUCGCUGCGGACGGUGAUGUUUCCACUUUUGUUCAUUUGCUUCAAGAAGAUCCACUUCUUCUUGAUAAAGUAAGUUUGAAUUGCCAGGAUAAGAAUCCUCUGCACAUAGCAGCAAUGCUGGGGCAUGUGGAGUUUGUACAAGCAAUCUUGGGAGCUAAUUCUGAUAUGUGCUUGGUUCCUGAUCGAUUUGGGAGAAACCCUCUACACAUUGCAGCCAUCAAAGGCAGAUUGGCGGUAUUGCAAGAGCUAAUUCAUGCUAGGCCCCUAGCAGCUCGAGAAAAAACAGAAUGUGGAGGCAACAUUUUGCACUUGUGCGUCAAGUACAAUCAGCUGGGGGCUUUGCAGAUUCUAGUCCAGACUAUAAGAGAUCAUGAGUUUCUGAAUGCCAAGAACGAUGAUGGCAUGAGCAUUCUGCAUCUGGCCGUUUGUGACAAGCAAAAUGAGACCAUCAAAUACUUGCUACGGAACAAGGUAGUAGAUGUGAACACGAAAACUGCAAAUGGGAACACUGCUUUAGACCUUGUUCAGGGAGACAUUUACUCAGAAAUUGCGCGAUCUCUUGAAGACGCUGGAGCCAAAAGAGCCAAGGACAUAUCUCCCUCUGCUACUGCGGGAAAUGACGGGCAUGAAAAUAAAUCACACAGCCAGCCUUCACCGGGCGGGGAUUGGCUAGCAAGGAAAAGGGAUGCACUAAUGGUUGUGGCCUCACUUAUUGCAACAAUGGCAUUUCAAGCUGGGGUGAAUCCGGCUGGAGGCGUUUGGCAAGAUGACAAAACAGAUUAUCCCAAUCCACACAACGCGGGUGAAGCUGUGAUGGCACACAGCCAUCCAAAAUACUACAAAAACUUCAUCCGGGUUAAUACAGUAGCCUUUGUUUCAUCUCUGAGCACAAUCAUGUUUCUCAUCAGUGGUUUGCCCUUCAGGAGGAAGUUCUUCAUGUGGUGUUUAAUGGUGAUCAUGUGGUUGACCAUUUCAGCAAUUGCUUUAACUUAUGGCAUCUCGAUCGUGAUUGUAACGCCAAAAGACUAUAGAAAACAAUUGAGCCAUGUCAUCGAGACUGCUGUCACGGUGUGGUGCGGUGUGAUGGCGCUCUUGCUGUUGGGGAACACUAUUCGGUUGAUUAACAGGUGGUUCAAAGGUCGUGGUAACAAUGUGGAUCGAAGAAUUAAACGUGGGAUCGAUUCUUCAGUUCAAUCGCAAAGCAAUGAUAAGAAUGACGGUCUUUACAUGUGUUGAUACUACUUUGUGGUAGAAUUUGACAUUUCAAAGCUAGCCAAGUGAUACUCUUCCAUCGGCCAGUUGAUCGAGUAAUGCUGCUUGGAUUCCAACUCAAAACAAGAAGAGUCUGUGUAUUGAUGGAUUUGGCUGGACUUGGUUUCAAAUCCUCACCCAAAUCCACUCUACUACUAAGUGUUGGAUUUGAAAUCCUUAAAAAGUUGUUGGAUUAGGGUAUCAUUUCGAAUCCUUUCUUUUACAUCUCUUAGUCUCUCCCUUUGAGUAAUGCAUCUUGUUUCUGUAAGUAGUGAAGAAUGGAUAGCAUGCAAUGACCAUAGUAUUUGAUUUAACUUUGUAUUGUUGAGUGUGGUUUUAGACCUCACCUGCAUAUGCUGCUUGUGAUAGUAUUGGGUUCUAGAAAUUGUUUAUGUCAUUUAAAAUAGUGAAUUUGAAAUAGUCAA